GGCGACUAAUCAUAUCACAAUUUCCUACCAUGUUAUUAACAAAAUAUCUAAAUUAGGUGUUGCAAAUGUCACUCACAAUUACCCAAAUUUUUACAAUCACAUUUUAUAUCCGUUUUGAUAAAUUAAAAAUAUUAAAAAAUAUUUCCGAAAUUGAUUAACAAUCUGCAAGCUAAUUUUUAUUUCUAAUCUCUUAUAACCGCCAAUCUUAAAACGUGCGCAAAUUUGAUAAUUUUGCGUAUAAAUACCCAUGCAAAUAUAUCAUUAUUUAUAAUUCUUCAAAAGCUUUAUUGUUACUCUACACUAUACACUAUCAACCAUGAAGAUUGCGUUCGUCGAUAUACAAGGAUUUACCGUUGAAGGUAUUUUCCACCCUAAGGAGUUGUCGAUAGAAAUUGGGUUUAAACAGUACCAUUUUCUAUUUACGUCGGCAAUUCCGUAUAACAACCUGGAUGAAAUGGACCGGAAGACGGUGAGAUACCUGGAAAGAAAUGUCCAUGGAAUCCAGUAUACGUCAGGGUUUGUCGACCACGGACAGGUAAACAAAAUAUUGGAAUCAAACUUGCUAUAUUCUGCAAACUAUGUUUACGUCCGUGGUAACCAGAAGGCGGAAUUUUUGCAACGAAAGUGCCAUGAACUAGGACACUAUCCAGUCAUCAUUGACGUGUCUCAAUAUGAUGAUACCAACCAAGCGACACCCAAAUUUGAAAGGACCCAGGAUCAUUGUGCCAACCACGACAAUGGGCGAUUCAAUUGCACGCAGGAGAAUGUAGGGAUUUUACGGUGUUGGUUCCUGAAUACGAUCCUACCUAAAUAACACCAAAAAAAUCUAAUUUUUAGGUAAAGUUACAUUGUUAUAUUGCUACAUUUGUUAUAUUUUAUUGUAAUAUAUUGUAUAUUAUAUUAAUAAAUUAAAUUUAAAAUAAAUUGAGUUUUACUUCUUUACGUUUAUAUCAAAAUAUAGCUGUACCCAAGAAAAUAAAUUAUUAAUUAAAAAACAAAAUCAUCA